GAAAAUUCUCGUGUGUAUACUCUCCUUGAGUAAACAAAUUCUGCAUGUGUAUUAUUUCUCUUAAACAAAUAAACAGAUAAAACAUAGCUGGUGUUAAGUCUGUAUACUUUAUAACGUCCAUGCAAAGUUAACCAAAGGGCUCAAGAAUUGAACUGGUUUGAAGUCACACAGGUUGAGCAGCACCAAGCUGUCUUGAGAAUCACAAAGUAAUCGUGUCACACAAAGCAGGCUGGAAGUAAACUAGGCUGCUCCUCACCUACACAGCACCAAGCCGUCUUGGAUAGCACGCUCUGCUCAGCUCAGCUGGAGCGGCAGAGGGUUCCAGUCGCAGAACAUAUAUAUCACCGGCAUCCAUGGCUGGGCACACCUGGUACUUGGUAAAGCUGUAGCGCUAGUGCAUACCACCAUCAGGUCCACGACCCAUGAGGAGGCCGGCGGUGGUCGCGGUGGCGCUGCUCCUGCUCAUCGCAUGGCGCCCGUCCGCCGCGAUGGACGAGCAGGACGACGAUCCACCUGCGCAAAGCAUGCCGCCGCCGUCGGACGAGCAGGACGACGACCCACCACCUGUGGAAAGCAUGCCGCCGCCGUCGGACGAGCAGGGGGACAACCCGUCCUGGCCUGGGAUCCCGUUGUUGCCGUCGCCGCCCUCGCCGGAGGAGCCCGGUGCGCCAGGGGUACCCACUCUGCCGGGUGCCAUGCCGCCGCCGCCACCACCGCCGCUGCCGGAACCUGACACACCAGCACCAGCGCCGCCGGCACCAGCACCACCGGCAACUCGCCCGCGGCGUGCGCGGCUGCCGCCGAGGCAGGACGAUCCGCCGGAGCCUGAGCCGCCGGAGCCGCCACACCAUAGGCGGGGGCCGAAGGAGCCGACACCGCCACGGACGGUGGUACCACCACAGGAACCGGGGUGGGCCGCGGUGCCGCUGCCGGUGCCGCCAAUGCCGGCUCCCGGGAGGCCGAUCAACUACAGCACCACCGGCUGGACGACCAUGCUGGUGUUCGGCGACUCGACGGUGGACCCCGGGAACAACAACCGGCUGCAGACGGUGAUGAGGGCCAACUUCCUGCCGUACGGUGCGGGCUUCCUUGGCGGCCGGCCCACCGGCCGGUUCAGCAACGGCAGGCUCAUCACUGACAUACUCGCGGAAAGACUAGGUGUGGCGAGGAGCCUUCCAGGUUUCCGCGAGCCAAGGUUGAGGCCAAGGCAGCUCAGAAGGGGUGUGAGUUUUGCAUCAGCAGGCUCUGGAUAUGAUGAUGCGACUGCCAGGAUAUCGAAUACACUAUCACUUUCCAAUCAAGUCGAGGACCUAUGGCGUUACAGAAGAAACCUCCAAAGAUUAGUGGGACCAAGAAGAGCUGCUCAACUUCUCAGGAGGGCUACAUUCGUCAUAAGUGCUGGAACAACUGAUCUGUUUUCCCACUAUCUUGCCACAAACCGUUCAGGAACAGAUAGUUGGCCACAGUAUGAGAACCUACUAAUAACACGUGUCGCCAAUUAUACCACGGUAAUGAGAGCACUUGGAGGAAGGAGAUUCGUAUUUGUUGGAGUGCCCCCAGUUGGGUGUUUACCACUUGUUAGAACCUUGCUAGGCAUGGGUGCACAAACAUGCCAUGAAGACAUGAACUCCAUGGCAACUUCAUUUAACAGAAGGCUAGCCGAAGUGGUGCACUUUCUGAGGAACCAACGAGAUAUCAGAGCUACUUUCAUUGAUGUUUAUCCAAUCAUAAGCAUGGCGACGAUAGACCCCAAAACCUUUGGGUUGACAGAGACAUCAAGAGGCUGCUGUGGAACAGGGGUUAUUGAAGUUGGGCAAACAUGCAGAGGCCGAUUAACAUGCGCAGAUCCCAGCACGUACAUGUACUGGGAUGCUGUCCACCAAACAGAGAGAAUGAACCAAAUUAUCACAGAUCACGCGAUUAUGAAUUCAAUCGGAGAGAUUUAUGCCUAGAUCAAGAUUGUGAAUUGAAGCCUACAGUCCACAGAGAUUGUAUCUAGUAUUUUAUAUUUUAUUGUAGUGCAUACUCGAUUGCAGUUCAAUAGAACAGAUCAGUCAUACCAUUUUCUACUAUAUUCCUUAUUCCAUGACUGUGACUGCAAGAUGACACGAUUCUUUUAAAGAUGGCACAGAUAUUAUAUUCGGUACUGAAAGUGCUUGCAUAGUCAUAACAAAUAUGGCCCUGUCUAUUUGCUCUUCAUCCUCCGCACACCCCCACACCCCCAACCACAGACCAUGGAUAAUCUCCAGCAAUAUGGACACCCAUAGCACAAACCGGUCUAGUACUCCUGAUCCGGAGAGGAAAUAAACCAUGCAGUCAGGAAUAGAGCUCCAUAAGUACUUGCCUUCCUCUCAGUGAUAGCUUAACUUUUGCUUUGCAUAUGGGUAGGUAGAAUCAUGCUUAGAACACCUAGGACCUAUAAAAUAUUAUGAGGGAGAGUUGUUUUUAACACCCACUGAUGGCUGAAGCUGUUACCUAAUGAUUAUGUAGAAGAGGCCAGCAAAUAGGACAUUUUGGGUAAAUAUAGUACUGGUCGUUAUACUAUAUGUGCGGGAAAUAAAUUGCUGGACCAAAAAAAAACAGGACGAUAAAUGAAAUGG